AUUUCAAUAUUUACAUGUUUUUUUAGGUGAUUAUGUAGACAGAGGAUCCUUUUCAAUAGAAGUAGUUGUGUUAUUAUAUGCAAUGAAGAUCUAUUAUCCUACUAGAGUAUUUCUACUUAGAGGAAAUCAUGAAUGUAAAUAAUUAACAAGCUACUUCAAUUUUAGAGAUGAAUGUCUCUACAAAUAUGACCAAGAAGUAUAUGAAACUAUAAUGUCAUCUUUUGAUAACAUGCCUUUAGUUGCCUUAAUAAAUAAUAAAUUUUUAUGUUUACAUGGAGGCAUAUCUCCUGAUUUAAAAUCAGUAUAGAAAGAAUCUUAUGCAUUUAGUUAGCUGAUGUUGAAAGAAUAGAUAGGUUUAGAGAACCACCAAAAGCAGGACUUUUUUGUGAUAUUUUAUGGGCUGACCCAGUUGAAAAUGAUGAACUUUAUGAUGAUAUUCAUUAUAGAGGUAAUGAUACUAGAGGUUGUAGUUGGUUUUUUGGUGAAAAAGCAGUCUAACCACUAUUAGAUAACAAUAAGUUCAUUUGUUUAAUUAGAGCUCAUGAAGCUUAAUUAGAAGGAUAUAGAUUAUAUAAAUACAAUGAAAAAAUGAAAGAAUUUCCUCAAGUGUUAACGAUAUUUAGUGCUCCUAAUUAUUGUGAUGUCUAUAACAAUAAAGCAGCUAUUUUAAAAUUCGAAAAUUGCACUCUUAAUAUUUCUCAAUUUAAUUAUUCUUAACAUCCUUAUUUACUUCCUCAUUUUUUAGAUAUUUUUUCAUGGUCUAUACCAUUUGUAACAGAAAAGGUAACUGAGAUGCUUAAUUAUAUAUUAUAACCAAGACCUGGUGAGAAAUUAGAUGAUUCAGAUGAUGAAAAACCAAAUAAUUAAGGAGUAAUAAAAUAACCUAUGAAUCAAUCAUAAGUUAGUAGUCGUCCCUUAGGGAAAUUAUAAUAAAUAACAUAAAAAUAAAUUGAUAUAACAAAAUCAAAAAUCUCUUUUGUUUCUAAAAUGAUGAAAAUGUAAACAGUAUUAAGGUAAGAAAGAGAAAACAUCAUAAAAUUAAAAGGAUUAUGUCCUGACAAACGUAUUCCUAGAGGAGUGUUAUUAUAGGGAGCAGAAGGAAUAAAAGAUGCACUUGAACAUUUCAAUACAACUAGAGCUGCUGAUAGAAUCAAUGAGAAAUGGCCAGAAAGUUAAUGA